UGGAUCUACGUUCUCUCAGCUUAUGGCUCCAUUUCUGUUCCUGUUGUUAUUUCUCUCUGGAGCAACUUCUGACCUGAUUGAGGUAACAGUGAACCAUGGAGAUGAUGUCAUUCUGCCAUGUCAGGCUGCUGAUUCCGCCAUCAUAGAUGUAAAGUGGACCAGACCUGACCUGGAGCCAGAUACCGUCCUCUUAUACAGAGAUGGACACUUGAACACAGACGACCAGCAUCCAUCCUAUAAGGACAGGGUGGACCUGGUGGACAGAGAUCUGAAGGACGGAGACGGGUCUUUAAUUCUGAAGAAUGUGAGCAGACACGAUGCUGGAACAUACGAGUGUCGAGUUGCACCAGGUGGUUCAGGACGUACAAAGGGAGACAAUGACUCUGAGCCAAUCAGAAUCAUCCGUCUACAGGUUCCAGACAUGACUGUGAUACUAGUGCCUGGAGAAAAUGUCACUCUGUCAUGUUGGGCUCCUGAUUCCAUCAGACUUGUAAAGUGGAGCAGACCUGACCUGAAGCCAGAUACCGUCCUCUUAUACAGUGAUGGACACUUGAAUACAGACGACCAGCAUCCAUCCUUUAAGAACAGGGUGGAGCUGAGGCACAGAAAUAUGAGGUUAGGAGAUGUGUCUUUAACUCUAAAGAAUGUGAACAUCAUGGACUCUGGAAUAUAUGAGUGUGGAGUUAAAACCGGUGAUUCAACACGUACAAAAGGAGACAUCGACUCUGACCCAAUCAGAACCAUGACAACCAUCCUUCUGCAGGUUCCAGACCUAGACCGGAUUGUGGUAACAGUGGAUCCUGGACAGGAUGCCAUUCUGCCAUGUCAGGCUGCUGGUUCCUCCAUCAUAUUUGUAAAGUGGACCAGACUUGACCUGAAGCCAGAUAACGUCUUAUACAGGUAUGGAUACUCGUAUGAAGACGACCAGGAUCCAUACUUUAAGGACAGGGUGGAGCUGGUGGACAGAGAUCUAAAGGACGGAGACGUGUCUUUAAUUCUGAAGAAUGUGAACAAACACGACGCUGGAACAUACGAGUGUCAAGUUAUAACCGGUGACUCUGCGCCAAUCGCGAUCAUCCAUCUGCUGGUUCGAGGAAACUCCCCUCCUGUAGGCCGAUACGUUGGAUUGGCAGCCGGUGUUCUGGUUCUUGUAGCUGUUGCAGUGGUUGGUGUCCUGAUGUUUAGAAGACGUGAGAACAUGAGAUCAGGACAACCUGCUGCUGAAGCAUCAGCCGAUAACUUCAUCUAACAACUCCCAGAGCUCUUUACACCUGACUGUUUUGUCAUGUGUUGUAUAUACAACAUGAUUAUCAUUACUGCUGUGGGUGUGAGGUCAUGAGCUUA